AUGGAGAUAGUAAGAAACAAAUGGGGUAUUCUCCCCGCCGAGUCCACAGAAUCCUUCACAGGCCGCACCAUCCUGAUUACCGGCGCUACCUCUGGAUUAGGCUACGCAGCAGCAGUCAAGUUUGCAAAACUAGGAGCUUCAAAAAUUAUCAUCACAGCACGAGAUGAGACCAAAGGCGAGGCGGUCAAGACGCGACUUCUUGCAGAAGUCGGCGAAGCAAGUGAAUUUGAGGUCUGGACACUCGACAUGAACUCUUACGACAGCAUCACCCAAUUCACUCAACGGAUCGACAAAGAACUGGAACAUUUGGAUGUUGCAAUUCUGAAUGCUGGGGUGUUCAAUACGAGCUACGAAACCUCGGGAUAUGGAUGGGAAGAGGACUUGCAGGUCAACACGUUGUCUACGACGUUGCUCGGUAUCCUUCUCCUGCCAAAGUUGAAAAAGAGCAAGACGUACACAGGAAAGAUACCCAUACUGCAGUUUGUGAACUCGGGCGCACAUAAGACUGUGGAGAUACCCGUCGGGCUACGAACGCAAGAGCCUAGCAACAUUCUGUCUGAACUCAAUAAGCCGGAGUUGUACAAGGGCGCGAUGAAACAGUAUGCGUCUUCUAAACUUCUUCAACGAUAUGCAGCUAUCCAGUUAGCGAAGGCGAUACCGUCAAGCGAGGUUAUCAUCACGUGUGUGUGUCCGGGUAUGGUUGUUUCGGACAUCUCACGCCAUAUCCAGUUUCCGGGGGUCAAGAUUGUGACGGCGGUGGCGCAUGCGUUGCUGUUUCGGACAGCGGAUCAGGGUGCCAAUGUAUAUGUUAGUGGCGCGGCGCAGAAUCAAGAGUUACAUGGGAGGUUCUGGGCGAGCGAUGUGAUUGAGCCUGACACGCAGAGCAUUGUGGGAGAGGAGAAUGAAAAGGUUGCGAGGAAAGUAUGGAAUGAAAUUGUGGAGGAGCUGGGGAAGCAUGUGCCGGAUGUUAGGGAGUGUAUUUGA